CGUCUUAAGUAACUAGGAGGUCUCUCGUCUUAGCUGAUUUGUCAGCCUUUGUAGGUCUAUCAUGGGCAGCUUAAGGGUAGAAAGACUUUUUUUGUCUAUGCCAGACGCAGAGUCAAACGCCUUUAAAAGUCAAACGCCUCUUUUCCUGGAAACAGACAGGCCUCGCUCUAUCCAGCCGUGCCUGAAAGGGGGAGGGUCAAGCGACUCUUCCCCGGCCAUUUCCCUCCCUGGCAGGGCGUCGUCACGUUGCGUCCCUCGCCCUGCUGCCCACCCGCCGCGGGAGAGGCGCGCGCUACGACUAUGGAGAUGUUCUCUGGGGCCGGGGGAGGCGGCAGCGACGCUGCCGGUCCUCGUCUCUCGGUCCUGGAGGGCCAGUGGCUGCAGACGGCGCGGGACUUCGCCUGCCGGGCGCUCCCGGGGUUCAGCGAGAGGGAGGAGGCAGACGCCGCUUGGCGGGACUUGAAGCGCGCCCUGAGCCAGUGCAACAGCCGCGACUGCGAAGAGCUGCCCCUGGGUUAUAGCCUUGUCUCAAUCUCUGACCUUCAGUCUCAACAACAUGUGCCUUGCUGCAGUCAUCUAACCUGGAGCUCUGAUGAAUUCAGGCAGUGGGCUUGCCAGCAGGAAGGUCUUUUACCUAAUCAAAGCAUUUUGCAACAAACUCACUUGAUACUCAUUGGCUGCUUGACAGAUGAAAGACCGGAGGAGAAAGACAAGUUGGUGGAUGGCAGUUUGUAUGUGCGAGACAACACUGGCAUACUGCCUUGUGAGCUCCUGCAUUUUAAGCUUGAGUGGCUAGGAUGUCUUUUGCUGUUCCCCAGUUGGGCAUAUAUUCCUCAGAGAGGCAAAUACACAGCUGGAUAUGUGGAAAUCCUAGCAGAUCCAGUCCAAGUGAUGUUUGGUCCAGAGAAGAUUAUUGAUAUCAUCCCUGUCUUCUACCCAGAAUCAGCUGCACAGCUGCUCAACACCAGAGCUCAGGGUAAGAAGACGACAAAACUGAAUGUGGCAGGUGAACUGUCCAGGCUGAGCACUAUUCUUUACAUCCACCACAAGACAUUCUUCUUCCUCUUCUUGAAGUGCCUUAAUUCGGCUUCCUGUGUUCCAGUACUAGUGCAAAAGACUUCUCAGUUGAUUUGGCAUCGUGCACUACAGCUGGGACAUAAGUAUGUACUGACUGCUCUGAAAGUGUCUUGCCUCAAAGCUUCUGGACGGAUGGUAUUCACUACGAGUUCUUCCUCAUGCCUCUUACCUUAUUGUAAGGAACAAGUGAAGGAACAAUUUAUGGACUGUGCUUCAGAAAGAAGUUCAGUUGUGUCUGAUUCCUCUGUAGCUUACACACAGCUCGGCAGCUCUUUGGAGCUGGGAGAGAGGCUGAUUCCAGUUAAGAAGUCUAAGAUGAUCUCCUAUGAAGGCACUAUCACCCGAGUCAUAAAUGCCCAUGCUGGCCUCUAUGAACUGGAUAACACGUUCAUUCUGUGUCUUGCUUAUCAGCAGCUGUUGAAUUCUGGCCGUGGGCUUCGACCAGGAGCGUUUGUGGAGCUCCAAGAUAUCCACCUUGUGCAGAAGCCCCUCGCUACCUGCCCCUUUGUUCUUGGAGCUUGCCUGCACAGUACUGUUGCGUUAAAGCGUUUUUCUGGACACAGCACCUUAUACCAGCCUGCCUCCUCCUUUGGGAAUCUCUACAUGAAACUGCUCUUGCAAUAUAACUUAAGCCUGCCACACUAUCUGUGGAUGGUCAGUUUGCUUGAGACAUUUGAGCAAAGGUUCUGUUUCAUUCAGCACCAGCAAUCAUUGAUUUGCAAUAGCCACCAAGUCCUGAGUGCUGCAGAGAAAUUUGUUGUUCCUAUUCUGAAUUCCUUGGUGUUAUUCAGGAAAAAAGUGAGAGAUGUCCAUCAGGAGAUCCUAGCAGAAGAGCAUCACUGUCCCUUAGAGCAGUAUCAGAUUCUGGAACCACCAUGUCAAAGUCCACCUUUCUCCCUGCUGCACACUAUGGUUGAGAAGAGAUGCUGGGAAAGCCAUGGUCCAUUACAACAGCUGAGCUCUGCCUCCAUGUUCCAUGACAUGAGUGCCCCAGAGCUGAAUCGCAGACUGGCCUGGUCCUACUCCAGUUUAUCUGCGGAGAGCUUUCAGCCUCGGCUGGUGUUGCUUGGAGUGCUGGAAUGCUCUAGAAGUGGUUCCCUCCAGUUACAAGACAGAAGCAAAGCACUGCCUUGUGUAAUAUUCCACAGGGAUGGCAGACCAUUUGCUAAUACAUCUCUGAUUGGGUGCCUUUUGCAAAUAGAAGUAUUUCAGCUUGUAACGGAGAUGUUCCUUCAAAGCAAUAUUCCUUCCAGCAAGCAGCUGAUGGCACUGGAGUACAUAAAGGAGAAGAAAACAAGGCUUUAUGUGCAGUUCUGUUUUGAGGAUGUGAUGAUUCUUCAUACUCCUGAAAAGAGAUCCCCAGAAGGCCCCACAAUCAGUGUGGGAAGUUCUUCUGGGAUAAAAGGUGACGGCAUCUCAAUGGCUGAGCCACAAUCCUCAGAAGAGCAAGGACUGAACAUGGGAAGGGCAGGAUCAGAUGCCAACACUCCUGAACAUCCCAAGAGCAGUGCCAGGGAAGCCAGCUGUGUGUCACGUCUGUUCUGGGUGAUCCAAAAGGAAGGCCUUAUGUGGCGCAACUAUCUACAGGCUUCUGAAAGCAAGGGUGAAGAUAAUCGGACAACACAACUCUGCUUUCAAGCCACAGUGCUUUGGUUGGGCAAACCUGAGUUACACAGAAGACUUGGAGAAAUUGAAGGCCAGCAGGAGCUUAAGACCUCUGCCCUUGGAGAGACUGGCAAAGUCCAGCAGAACAUAUUGCUGCUGUUCUUGGGAAAAUCGCUGAAGUGGUUUCCAUUCCUGCACCCAGGCCAGCUGUACCGCCUUAUCAUUCCUCAUUGCAUGGACUCGGGUGAAUUUGAUGGAUUGUGCUGCUCACAGGCACCAGGAACCUUCUCAGAUACGUUAGGCAGCUCCUUGUUUUUGGCUGUCCCAGAUGUUGCCCACCUACACCAUGUGAGCCACACUUCCCAGCUGGCUUCAGGUGCGUUGAAGAUGGAAGGAAAAUUAUUCUUGAUUGAAGAGAUACUCAGCCCUAGUUUCGCAGGAUCCCUGGUCUCUUUCUCUGGAGAAAUAGUGGAGAGGACCUUGCGUGAAUCUCUCUCUGGAAGGAAGCCAGUUGCAGAUUGCGCUGUCCAGCAGCCAAAGGGGAACAGCUUGCCCUGGGAUUACACUGUGAAGCUGAGCAUAUCACCUGCACCUGGUUCCUCACUUGUGUUGGAUGUGUAUGUUGAAGCCACUUUCCUGCCAUAUCUUUGGGGUUUGCUGCCUGGAGCCAGGAUUCUCUUUCAGAACCUGCAGCGCAAAAUUUCCAGAUUCAGAAAUGUCUAUUGUGUUUAUGUUGCCUCCAGCUGCAUAAGCAUUCUGACUCCUCCACCCCAUGACCCAUCUUCUCAUCCUCCAGGUACUCUCUCAAACCUCUCCAUGGUAUAUCUGUUCAAUAUACUGCUUCAGUCUCCAGGUCUGUGCCAGGCCCAGGUCAUCUGCCAUUUGACAUGUGUCCUCUCCUUGUCUCUGCACUGGAACUGCUCUCUGUGCAACACUGUCUUCAAAGAGGGUAGAUGUACCCAAACGUCUUGCUUGUCACUUACGGGAGUGAGUAAAACUAGUGCCAGGAUUCUAGUAGAAGAUGGAACAAGUGAGUUUGUGGUAUUGUGCAGGAAUCAGCAAGUUCGUGAAGUGCUCGGACUGAGCCCAAAGGAGUGGGAUGCUGUACAGGACCAGGCUCGGAGCAAAGGCCGUCUUGACAUUCAGCAUAAGGGAGCUGGUGCUGGGCCUGGGAGCACUGAAAAGCCUGAAGACCUGCUCACUUGGUAUUUGAGAAGCCUGUGCAAAAGCCCUGUAGUCUGUCGGGCCAUCCGGUUGGCUUUCAGAUUGGAGAGGAAGCCCCCAGAAGUUCAUGAAGCGGGAUCAGUACAAUUGAGGAGGUUUUUUUCAAAUGAAUUAGAGUUCCUCAGCCAGAUAAGUAAUCAACGGAAUUUGAUAUGUCUGAAUAUCCAGGAGGCAACCUGAAGAAGAGAGUCAGGAAGCACUGAAACUGUAUCAGAGGUGCAGCAUCUCAUCUCUUGUUUUGCAUGGAAGAGGAAUAAGAUCACUUCAGCUUCUUGUAUGCAUCUUGCCAGUUGGAGACUUUUAAUGGUCAUCUGUGUUGACCAUUCCCUCUUGCAGCAUCUGUUGAAAGUGCUGGGUCUAAAGAAAGGGUUGUGUGGUUUUGGUGUAGUUCUUCCUAAAGUGGUAAACAUGGGUCUGGGUGGUACCACUUCAGAAUAUAGAGGGGAGAAGUCAUAUAAUUCAGUAUACUUCCAUUCAGAAAAGUUCCCUGCACUAGCAUAUUAGGGAAAAGGCUAGAACGGUGUUCUUUGUAGCCCUCAGUCCUGAAGUCUAGAAAUGAUUCAGUGUAGACACAAAUCGACCAUCUCAUGGAGAAUGAGGCCUUUGUUUGUACAGUCCUAAGGCAUGUGACCAAUAAAUCUGGGGAAUAAACAAACUCA